CACAGGCUCACUGUGUGACAAAAGAGCCAAGAGCGAGGGUAAGCAACAGCAGUACUGACCCAGCCAAGCAAGCAGAAGCGGUAGCAGCGCACGAAACCACACCCCUACUCUCCCUCCGUGGAAAAAGGGUAUGGAUCCAAGCAGUCACGCGAGCAGCCGCCAGUCGGUGCCGGGCCGUCGUGGACGGAUUAUGAGGCUCCACUACAACACCAGGACGCCUCCAAGGCGUCUUCUUCUUUUCCUCGUCGUCGACGUCUUCCUGCUCGCGUCCGAGGUCGGGGCUCAGAGGACACAUGCCAGGCAAGGCGGCGCCAAUCAGAGGGACUUGCUCACCGUCAGGUUGCCCAGUCAGGGGACCAUCGUCGGCAAGGAGGUGUUCCUGAGCAGGACGCAGAGAGUGAUCCAGUACCUGGGGAUACCGUACGCCCAGCCACCGAUUGGUCAACUGCGCUUCUCGGCGCCGGUGACGGAUCCCUUGCCAAGCUGGACGGGAGUGAGAAAUGCCUCGUUUUUCGGUCCGUCCUGUCCACAGAUCAGCGAGAGACGGAAGCUUCACGAGAGAAACUUUCUCAAGCUUCUGCCGCAGAAUCUGCCUAAUCCCGGACUCAGCGAGGACUGCUUGUUUCUCAAUAUCUUCGUGCCUGACAGCAAUCGACCAGCCGAGGGAUGGCCGGUGAUGGUUUGGUUCCACGGCGGUGACUUCAACGGCGGCACUCCAGCCAUUUGGGACGCUUCGGUCUUCGUCACCAAGCAGAAGGUGCUGGUGGUGACGGUGGCCUAUCGGCUGAACAUCCUGGGAUUCUUCACGACGACGGACGCCGAGGCCCCGGGGAACUACGGGAUGCUGGACCAGAUCGCCGCGCUCGACUGGGUCAAGAGAUACAUCGAGCUGUUCGACGGUUCGCCGAAGAACAUCGUUAUUUACGGUCACAGCGCAGGGGCCAUCAGCGUCAGUCUGCACAUGAUGAGUCCUCUGAGUAGGGCCAAGUUCUCGAAGGCUAUAGCUAUGAGCGGAGAUGCCAUCAACUCGGUCAGGACUCCGCAGGAGGAGCUUCCGGUCGUUGACCAGGUGGCCUACAAGUUCGGCUGCCUCCGCAAGACCUCCGACCUGAUGGAGUGCCUGCGGAACAAGGACCUGGACACCUUGAUCCGCGAGUCGGCCUUCAUCGAGACCUGGGGUCCUAUAGUCGACGCCGAGACCAACAACUCCACGGACGGCCCCUUCCUCCCGAAGCAUCCCCGGGACGUCGGCGACGACGACUUCUACUCGGUGCCCCUCGUAGCCGGUUACACGAACAACGAGCAGGCCUUGGCUUUCGUCGAGCUGCUCGGUUCCGAGCACGAUGACGGCCGGCUGAAGAUGCACCAGUUCGAGAGCUUCAUACGGGACGAGAUCAACGCGGCCGUCGUGGCUCCGGACGAGAACAGCACUUGCGAGCUGAGGCCGGAAUUGGUGUCGGAUGCGGUGACCUUCUUCUACAAGCCGCAUCCGCCGACCAAGGACACCAGGGUACUGAGGGACCGAUACCUCGACCUGCAGACGGAGAAGAACUACGCGGCGGGACUGAUCCAGUUGGCGGCUAAGGUUUCGAGCCAUCCGUCGCAGACCAAGGCGUUCGUCUACAGGUUCGACUAUCGCGCGAGAACUGCGUCGGUGAGCGGCGACGUCCCGGAAUGGGCAGGCGUGCCCCACUUGCUCGAGCAGCCCUUUGUCUGGGGUCUGCCCUACGCCACCGGCACCACCACCCAGUGGAACGCAGCCGACAAGAAGAUGUCCGACAUGAUGAUGUCCAUGUUCUCGACGUUCGCUCGAACCGGCAACCCCAGCCUCAACACCAUCAAGUGGGAACCGCACACCGAGAUGAAUCCCGGGAUCCUCAUAAUCGAGCGCAACAUCGACAUGAGCGAUCCCGGUGCUGUGGACUUCAAGGCUCUGGCUUUCUGGAACGAGUACUACCCACUGCUCCUCGAGGCUGCCACCAACAAUUGCUGCAACGUCACCAGCGGAGCCAUUUCGCUGACGGGAUUGAUGGGAGAGUUCCUGCCCAGGUCGACCGGUUUCAUCGUCACCGCGAUCGUCACCGCUCUCAAGUACUUCGCCGAUCAGGGCUUCGUUUGAGCUGCGAUUCCGCUGACAAUUAUUACGGAUGGAUCUUUGGAGUUUUGGUAGACGUUGUUGCUCCGCGAGCUGUGUCUCCGAGCGGAACUCCGUUGAGAAUCGGAGGCUCGCUCGGAGAUACAACUCAAGACAAUAAUCGAACCGAUUUUUGGAGCUGCGGACCGAGUCGUUUGUGGAAUGCGUGAGAUGUCGUCGUUCUAAAUUGACGCGAGAUUUAGUUUUCAACGGAUGGUCUUGGAUAGUUCACUGCGCAUAAACAUAUUUUUUUAUCGAUUGCGGCUGGAUCAAGUCGUUCGCACGCGAAGCAGCCGACUUGGAUUGUUAUAUACAUACUUGUAAAUGAGAAAAAAAAAAAUGAAGCGUUUGUUGAGACUCGCGAGAGUCGAGGUUUAGUGCACAAGGAAUUCGAAUGAGAUCUACAAUAAAACUUCUGCAUCUCGAGAUAGCAAUUUUUAUUACAUACGGCCUGAUAUUUUUUUCUUCUCUCCGUUCACCUCUUUUGACAAAUAUAUUUAUAUAUAUAAAUCAUAUAGAUAUUUACGUUUUAUACACAUCGUUGGGGCGAAAUAAAAUUACGAUCCCUAUACACAUGAACGUUGUAAUUUCGGCAUAUUGGUAUUAUAAGCGUGAUCGUAAAAAUUGCUUUCCGAGUCAGUAUACACAGUGAUUCGUUAUUUCGUUAGUUCUAAAAAAUUUCUCGCAUUUAUCCUGCGGUUUAACACUUACACAAUAAUUAUAAACUUAAUAGUUAUGCGGUUUUGUUAAACUAACUUUCUGGAAGUAUAUCCGAUGCAGAGGUUUGCCUGUAGCUAGGUGUUGUUUAGCGAUGUACGGUUCCAAAGUGCUGGAUCACAUUUAUGACAUGUCAAGAUAUAAGUAUACUGAAGGAAAAUUAUAAUUGGAUUGUUUGACAAUGAGAACGGCUACUGAUAGCUACGUCGUUAUACCGACAAUUUCAAAACGGAAAUUUGCUCUUCGACUUCGUUAUAUAUACAUACAAAUAUUUAUUGUCUAGCGUUUACUCUCCAAAUAUGUAAUAUUUUUAAUUGUACCGCCCACGUGACAAUUUAGAGAUGCGAAUUGUCGCGAUACCUUUUGGAGUAUUGGAUGAAUUUGGAAAAUGAAAGCAAUGAAACAAAGUUAUGUCAUAUGUCACAGCUCUCUGGAAUUGAAAGACCGCGAAAGUGAAUUCAAAGCAAUCUUUUCAAGAUCUCAAUUUUGAUAAAUAUUAAAGAGUGAGGUUUUCUAUUAGAGUCUAUCAAAUAGCAGAAUCACGAAGGAAUUUUCUACAUUUCUUAAGAAAAUUUACUCGCAUUUUUCGCAAAAUAUAAUUUAGUUGUAAGUAUGACUACUCGUCGCUUUCUUUUAUCAUUGAAUUGUUAGUUGAUAUUCUUUUAGAGGAAAACGAUAAUGUAAAAAGAGAUAUGUGUAAUUGAGCUUUUCUUUGAAUUACGCGUACCGAUAAAAGAUAAAUUCUUUAGGUGAUAAACGUAUACUUUGUUAUUGUUUGUGACUUUCUUGUAAGGUUUGUUAGACAGUUUGAUGUUUCGUGAAUAAAACCAAUGAUUCAAAAGAGAAAUGUAUUUUUUAAUCGACAGACCGAUUGCAUCGACGUCAACUUUAUGAAACUUUUUCUUGAUACAAAGGCAAUAUAAUAAUAUAAUAAUAAUAUUAAUAAUAAUUAAUAAUAAUAAUGUAGCGCUUAAAGUAACUCGUAUGCGCAAAGAUGAGAAACAAGAAAAUCUUACAAUAAUAUACAAACAUUGCUACUAACAAAUCUAUUCGGAAUGCGAUUAAUGUGACUUCUAAACGUACUCAGGGUUCCAUGAAUUUUUGUUCCACCAGUACCCUUGUUUUUUUUUCUCGCUACACUGAUUAUAUGAAAUCGAAGUGUCUUAAUUUACAAUUUCAAGGUUUAAGUCAUUACAGGGAUUACGCAAAACAUCAAAAUUCAUCUACACAGUAAUUUGAAGACUUUUUUUAUUUGUAUCCACAAUAGGUGAUUUUUUUUUCAUUGUCAUAUUAUUUUGCCUCACGCGAAAUUAAGUAGAGACCUUAGCAAAUCACAAUGUUUGUUCUAUUUUACAAUGUAGACUGUUUAAUAUAAAAUUCAAAGUCAAACUAAUACUCCGAUCCUUAGAAAAAGCUUAGUUCCGUAGUUUUGUCCCCAGCAAAGACGUUUGUUGAGCUAUGUUAAUAUUCCACUUGAUUUUUCUUACAAAAAGAAAAAAUGCAAAUCAAUUUUAAACCCUACAUACUUAUAGUAAUACAAUUUCAAAUGAAUUCUUUUAAAAAACUCUAUUCAUUACAUAACUACCAAAGUAUUAAAAAAGAUCUCACGCAAAAAUCUUUCAUUAUUUUUCCUGUUCAUUUUUUCUUUAAAAAAAAGGCACUUAAACAAGUAUAUGACUUAAGGUUCGCUAGACGAAAGCCUUCAUCGAGGGGUUCAGUGUUUGCUUCGGAGGGUUUGAGGGCGAAAUGGGGGGGGGGGGGGGGGGUAUCAGGGAAGGACACCGAGUACGAUAUAAUUCAAAAUUGUUUUUUUUUCAACACUUACUGAAUUUUUAUUAUUUGCUUUUAAUACGGAGAGAUAUAGAAAAACAUAUAUUGAUUGAGAAACAAACGGUCGAUAACUUAUGAAUAUUUUGAUGCUUCGAUAAUAAUAAUAAUCAUCAUUUUUUUUCAUGGUAUGUAUCGUCUAUGUAUAAUUAUUAUAUUAUAUAAGAGAGGUGCGCGCGAUGUUGAUAGAGUUGGGGGGCGCGACUGCGUUUGCGGUCUCGCUCCGCGCAAGCGCACUUAUGAACAUUUUUUUUGUCUUUUACCCUUUUUGUAUUCAUUUGCUUAGCUUUACCCCGUUUUUGUCAACUCUCAUUCUCUUUCUCGCACUGUUCUGCGACACUCAUUCACACUCUUGCUCUCCGUCUAUCACGCGAAUUUAUUAUUAUCAUAUCGCAUCUUGCUUCGAAUAACACCGCUACUACUGUCACUGUGUUACAGCACAGCGAUCGAGCACGU